UGAUCAAGACGAGCUUGCGAAAUGUUUCCAGGAUGCAACGAGCCAGAAUCUGCUAAAAGUACGGCAAAGGCUUGGGGAUCUCUGCCAGUGGAAGUCUAUGGCCACCGAGAGUGCCCUAGCUUUAGCACUCUCCAUCGAGCUUUUUAUGAACACUUUCUUCCCCAAUACGAAUGAUGGCAAAGGUGGGCAGAAGUUACAGUGGACUCUGGAUACAUUCAAGCCAUUCGGGAUUUGCGGUUCGAAUGAAGAUACAAUCGACAUACCAGUGCAAAAAGACAGUCCUGACAGGCCGUGGAAGGUUGAUCUAGGGGUACUAGAAGCUGUCAUGUCACUCUGGAUGGCUAGCAUCAAUAUCGGAACUGAGGCAAAAAACAAGAAAGUCAUUGAGGAGUCCAGUGCUAAGAACACCGGAGCAGGGGGGCGGGGAACACAAGAUUGGAGACGAGGCACGGCUGGAAACGAAUUGAAAUACAAGUUCUGUCGGAUACUGGGGAAUAACUGUAAGGAUGGCCUACUGAAACGAGACCUUUCAUGGUGGGUGGAUGAAUUGCUUGCGGACCAAAGCGACCGUUACACGAAUGACGACCAAGCUCAGGCCACGGGUCAACAAGAUGAAGUAGAUAUAAUCAUUGGCUUCAACGGCAAACAAGCUGCGGAGGACGAAAGGCAGCUGACUGUUAUCGGCAAUGGAUACCUUCCUGUUAUUCUAGCGCAGCAUCUCUUUACCAGUUUCAUGUGGGCUGUUGUUGACGAUUUACCUGAAGACUGUCUUCGAAAGGGCGAACGGGAUGUGGAGAUCAUCAAUUCUCACAAAUUCGUACCGCGUGACCUACAGGAUACCUGGUAUCUACCAUCACUUCGCCAUCGUCAAUUAACUACCAUUAUUCAAAAGAUGGAGAAAUAUGGACUCGGGAGCAUGAAUGACAUUCUCUUAAGCAUGAUUCCUGCUUUGAGCUACAGGGAUAGGCUUCCCAACGAAGAGAUUCUCUCUUUGGUGCCACUGAAUGUUGAAAGAGGGUGGGUCGAAACGACGCGCUGCUACAACUCCUUGCUUCAGACCAGCAUAGGAGUGACUUCCAAGGAGAAUUUCGCCUUUGCUGUUGUGGUUAGGACAAUGGAUUUUCUUCAUAUGGCAUUUGACCCAUACCAGACUGUCGAUUCAAGCCCGGAGGGGGAAUUAUGGUCGGCAUUCUCAGACCUCGUUAGGGAACUCGACAAGUUUAAACACGUCGUUGCUUGCUUAGCCCUUGUUUAUGAGCUACAGCGCCGAAGAGAAGGUUUCAAAUCCAUGUUCAAAUUCGUCACUAUCCAGGAGCAAGGGCUGUCUGGUGAGAACAGUCCUUCAGAGACAAUUCAAGAUUCUGCCUCAACCACCGUCAGAAAAACCGAAACCCUCCUGUCUUUGGAGAAGGACCCCGAGUUUUCAGUAGAAGAACUGAAGGUAUUAGAGAAAGCAGUACUCAAGUUCUCUGAAGCACACCUUAGGGUGUUUAGGACCAUAGUUCCAAACAACCGCAGAUCGGCGCAAAUAACAAGGAAAGGGGACGACAGAACUGUUAGUCAAGGUCAUAAAAACACCAUGAACAACACUAAGGAAGAUGUCCAAAAGAAAGACAUAUUUGGUUGGACUGCAGUUCAUUACGCCUGCUUCGCCCCUUCGGAGUCUGAUAUUAGGGGACAGGUUUUCAAAGCUGCCCAACCUAGGGAACAAUCCAAGGAACCGCUCCAUGAACUUCUCGACAAAUUGGGUAGAAGCCCAGUGCACGUUGCUAUUAUCGCCGACGACACCGGCAACACCUUAAGGAAAAUUCUGGAAAUCAUCGGCAGCGAAAGCAUCACGCAUAAAGUGAUAAAUGCCGGCAAGGAUGGCUUGACCCCUCUUCAUUUGGCUGCUAAGGCCAACAGUUCCGAAUGCCUCAAAGUGCUUCUCGGCAAGUCAUCUCCACAGAAAACAAACCGGCGAGGACGCUCGCAUGGACGUCGCGAUGAAGGGCGGCCUAAGAUCUGGGCUGAACCGGAAAUAUGGGCCAAGCUUGAUAUCUGGAAUCGCGGUACCCUGCACCUUGCCGCUAAGCAAGGCAAUGGGGAAAGCAUAUCCAUGAUAUUGAGCGAGAAAGGUGCAGGACCAGGUGCACUGGACAAAUUUGGCAAGUCGCCCUUGAUAUAUCUCUUUGGGAGACUUUCAACUCCAGACUCGGCGGUUAAAGAGGAGCUCUUCGACAUACUCGUGGAGCUCGUGAAAGCGACCAACAGACUUGGUUACCGGGAUGAAAAUGGAAAGACCAUAUUCCAUCUUGCUGCUCAGUUUCCCGCUAUUGAUCUCCUUGGGAAACUUAGAGAGAAAUUGGAUGGGUGGGAGGAGGGAAUCAACUCCAAAGAUAACAAUGGACGCACGCCACUCCAUGAAGCAGUCAUCGCUCUCGCUGGAUAUCGAGCGACACUCCAUGGGGAAGCCAUCGCUGUCGACGAGGAUCGAGCAUUUUUCUUCAUGGAAGGGUUGGCAGACGGGAAGACACCUCGGCUAGAUCUGGAAGGGGAUAAAGAAGGGGUAACAGUGCUAAUGUCCGCUUGUUCCGGGGGCCUUGUGAAAACCGUCCGGCGGAUUCUGGAAUUGGAUAAAAGCACUACAGACAAUGCAGAUGCAUCUGGGCGAACUGCAUUACAUUAUGCUGCCACAGCAACUGGGUUGCUGGAAACGACUCAGAGGACCAUUAUCCAAGGACUGAUUGAACACAUGAAGGCAUCAUCAAUAACAGCAUGCGACUCGAAAGGCAGGACAGCAUUGCAUGAUGCAAUUGAUCGAAAUCUGGAUCAGGUUGCGUUGUUGCUUCUCGAUGGCGAAUAUCAUUAUCAAUCAACCGCCGACGAGGAAGGAGACUCCCUUCUGGUUACAGCAUGCAAACAAGGAUGCCGAAAAGCCGCAGAAAGAAUCCUGAAAAGGUGGCCUCAGCUUCUUAACGAGCCUGAUAGCAUGUAUGGAGAGACACCGCUUGCGUUCGCAUGUGAGAAUGGGAGGACAGAACUUGUUAAGAUGCUUCUCCAUCACCCAGACAUAGACCCGAAUAAGCCAGCAUCUGGGUGGGGCUCCUUGACGCCUCUGCAUAUCGCUAUUAUUUGCAGCAGAAAUAUCAAGAUCGUUCAACAAUUAAUUAAUCACAAGGCGAUCGACAUUGGCGCUACCGACGAUAUGGGGACCACACCUUUUGAGGUGGCUGUCGCUAUAGAUGAAGUUAAAAUCGUGGAGCUAUUAUUGAGUAAAGCUUCUAUACCUCAGUUGCAAUCGCUGAAGGCGCUAUGUGACUCAGACAAUGCCGAGAUGAGUCGUCUACUUGACAAGUGCAUCAAUCAACUCAAGGAGGACGAGCUUUCGGGAGAGGACCUCAUCGAGCUGAUUGGUGUCAGUGUCGAAUCGCUCGCUCUAGGCAUGCCUAGGAACCGGCUACUAGCCAUCUGUCUGACGAGGGCGAUGAAGCAAAACGAGUGGGACGGGGAUACGAGGGAGAAGUUGAAGAGGAAACUCCCCUGUCACAUGGCUGCUCGGAUCGGCGAGCUAAAGAUAAUCCGGCAGGCUCUUUCCAGGAGCGACGAUCUUGUCCAGGGAGACGAGGUAGACUCCGACAACUGGAAUUGGGUCGAUUACGCGCGGAAGUAUGGACGGCAGUGGCACGAUGCAGAUGAACAAACAUUGAAGACAUUUGACCGCGACUUGAAUGACUUAGCCAGCGAGUACCUUAGAAAGGAAGGGGGAUGGCCAGACCCGCUGGUACCAACAACGCUUAGAUUCAAAGAAGGCCUUAAUGAGGUUGUGGCGACGACAGCGUGUGUCGAUCAUCCGGGGGGUUGCUCGCGAAUGAUAGGCAUACAGGUUUUAUUAAAAAGUCACCCGGAUUUCCAAUUUCUGCGUCUUGCGACAGAUCAUCCGGUUUCCCCCAUAGAGAGGACGGCUUACUUCGAAAUUGAAAUCAUGCAGGAGUCACCGUCUAUGCUUGUUGGGCUGGGCUUCUGCCUUGACAACAAACCGCGUGACGAAAUGCCAGGUUUUGAUACCGGCUCAUGGGCUUUCCAUGGAGAUGACGGGAUUGUAUUCUUGGAGGGUCGGGAUAUUACGACUGGUGAUCUAGGCCUGAAGAGCGUCUUUCGGGUGGGAGAUAUCGUGGGUUGCGGUAUGGAUACGGAGUCGGGUGAUUUCUUUUGUGUGCGGAACGGGAACCGGCUGAACCUAGGCGACAUCUCUUUUGAUACUCGUAAGUUUACAUACAGCAAACUGUAUCCUUGCAUCGGCGUAGGUAUGGAAAACGACAGCGUCGGCCUUCAGAUUCGGGUCAACCUAGGCUCAGACAAGCACCCAUUCAAGUAUCAAGUGCCUAGAUGAGUCGAUAUGCUUGGGGGAAACAGUUGGGAAGUGGCUAGAUAGGCAGAUCGGGAACGUCUAUACCUAAGAGUUCCUACCCGUCGGGCCCGGUAGGUGGUUAACGGCAGGUUAGAAAACGGGGCCGACGCGGAUAUAGAACCCGGAAGGUUAGGGGCCGGUAUACAGCAACAGGGCAUUGA